AUGCGUACCAUGGGGGCAAAGAAGGCAGCUGAAACGGCAUCCCGUCGUUUCUUAAAAGAACGGAUUUUUCUAACCAGACGCACUCUUGGCUCGGCCAAGACCGAAUAUGAAACUUUGAAGGCCGAAGUCAUAUCGAACUUAGUCCCCCAACAUAGCGAUGAGAUAUUGAAGGUUAAUGAAGACAUCUACCGAGAUGUCUUCAUGAAAUGUAAGACGAGACAACAAACGAAAUUUGAUAAACUCACACAGCCAAAGUCGAGCAGCACGGUGCCCUCAUUAGCGAAUGAGGAGAAGUGGGUUAUUAACCUAUCUUCUAGAACGAUCUCUUCUUCGGAAGAAGAGAUUCUUAAGAAAGGCCUCGGCUUUGCCGUCUCCCCUAGACGGAUUCCAGCUACCGAAAUAAUUGCGAAAGUUGAGACAGCGGUCAAGUAUCUUGAUGCGGAGUCGGCCGACGCCACCCGCAGAGAUGUAGACAACAUCCUACAAAAAGCACGCCCCCCUAAGGCUGAUGAUAGUAUUACUAUUCUUCCAGCCGACAAAGGUCGUGCCACAAUCAUUCUAGACACCACAAUAUAUCAUGAGAAAUUGACCGACUUAUUGGAGUCUGGUCCGUAUCGUGUAUUAAAGAAAGAUCCCACAGAUCGCUUGGCUCGCAAGCUUACCAACACCUUGCUGAACCUAAAGAAAGACAAUGUGAUGGAUGAACCGACCUAUCGUAGACUGAAACCCACACAAAAGCAACCUCCUAGAAUAUACGGGUUACCCAAGAUACACAAACCCACAGUACCAUUACGACCUAUAGUGUCAUGCAUAGGCUCCUUUGCCUAUAACCUCUCAAAGUACCUAGCUGAAAUUCUUUCUCCGCUCACCGGUUUGACUGAAUAUACGAUUCCCAAUUCGAGUGGUUUUGCAGAGUUCAUAGCAGAGCAAACCAUCGGUACUCAAGAACGCAUGGUUUCGUUUGACGUAGUUUCACUCUUCACCAAUGUACCGAUUGAGGGCGCAUGCAAUGCUACAUUGCAACGCUUACAAUCAGACAGCAAUUUGUCUACCCGUACCGCACUCUCACCGGAACAACUCACUCAACUCCUCGAGUUUGUUCUACGAUCCACAUAUUUUCUGUAUAAAGGUUCAUACUAUGAACAGACAGAAGGGGCAGCCAUGGGCAGUCCAGUCUCGGCUGUCGUGGCCAACCUAUACAUGGAGAGUUUCGAAGAAGAUGCGCUGGACACAUGUCCCCUCUCUUGCAUACCUCGUGUUUGGAAGAGGUACGUAGAUGACACCUUCAUCAUAGUUCCCAUCUCUGAAACAGAUAAGCUGCUUAAACACAUGAAUAGCCUUGAACCAACCAUCCAGUUCACAUCAGAGAUAGAGUGUGAAGGGAAGAUAGCAUUCUUAGACACUCUAGUUCAUAGACACGACAACCAUAGGCUCUCCACCUCAGUCUAUAGGAAGCCUACCCACACAGACCAGUACAUUGACUCUCACCAUCCCAUAUCGGUGAAGAGAGGUCUAGUGAAAUGUCUAUUUGACAGAGCUUCACGCAUUGUGACAAGUCCACAACAGCCAUGCAAAGAACGGACCCGUGUUCGCAGCGCCCUGAGUCUCAACGGUUACCCACGCCGUUUUAUACACAAUACCAAGAAUAGGUCGUCGGAACCCAGGGAUCAGAAGGUAUACAAGACUUUUACAGUCUUGCCGUACAUUGAUGGGGUCUCCCAACAACUCAAGCGCCGCCUAGAGAGCCAUGGCAUUCGAACGGUUUUCAGAUCAGAUACCACCCUACGUCAACAACUUACACGCCCCAAGGAUCCAAUUCCUCCACAUAGACGGGACGGCAUUGUGUACAACAUCCCUUGUAAAGGAUGUGAUAGAUCCUACAUCGGUGAAACUGCCCGUCCGAUAAAAGAAAGAAUCACUGAGCAUAAGAGGGACGUCAGACUCCGUCGAACUGACAACUCAGCCGUAGCCGAACAUGCUUGGGAUAACCAACAUCAACCAGACUGGGACGGGGUUCAGUGCCUUUCCCAGGAAAGGCAUUGGUACACACGAAGGGUGAAAGAAGCUAUCAAUAUCCGUCUCAAUCCUAAUAAUUUCAACAGAGACAACGGGAUCGAUAUCCCCGAAUUUUGGAUGCGGACGAUAUAUGCCGCCAUGACACUCGCCGUCCUGCCAGCCAACACCGGUCGAUUCCAUUCAGCAGACGGUCUGAUCCAGCGGCCCGUUGAUUGGCUGAGUACCGUAUGCGUCGGCCAAUAG